AUGAUGGACCAGGAAGAGAAAGAGGAUGGGGGCUCGGCCACCUGCGUCAAGGCGGGCUCCCCAGACCAGGAGGGCUUCUUCAAUCUUCUGAGCCACGUGCAGGGAGACCGGAUGGAGCAGCAACGCUGCUCGCUGCAGGCAGGGCCGGACCAGCCCGCCGAGAGCCAGUGCGGCCCCGCACCCGAGAUGGACAGUCUCAUGGACAUGCUGGCAAGUACCCAGGGCCGCCGCAUGGAUGACCAGCGCGUGACAGUCAGCACCCUGCCUGGCUUCCAGCCUGUGGGCCCCAAGGACGGAGUGCAGAAACGAGCCGGGACCCUCAGCCCCCAACCCCUCCUCACCCCCCAGGACCCGUCUGCUCUCAGCUUCCGUCGGAACAGCAGCCCCCAGCCCCAGACACAAGCCCCCUGAGGGCCUGAACCGUCCUGGGCCCCCCUUGGCCCCCAAAAACAGACAAUAAAACAUUUCCA